GAUAGAGGAGACGGAGGAAGCGGGAGGAGUAGUAUUACAGUAUUGCGGCGGGGAGGGCACGCAUCGAGGAAGACACUGAGUGGAAAACAAGUGUACCACUCAUACAAGGACGAGCCAGCUUAAACCCCGAAUCCGACUGUCGUGUAUUGACUAGAUAUUUCAGCAGAGAUGGCCCAGGAGACAAACCAGAGCCCAGUGCCCAUGCUGUGUGCCACAGGUUGUGGUUUUUACGGUAAUGCCAGAACAAACGGUAUGUGCUCCGUUUGCUACAAAGAGCACUUGACAAGACAGCAAAACAGCGGGAGGAUGAGCCCCAUGGGCCCAGUGGGUACUGGGAGUGCAGCCAGCAGCCCCACAUCAGAAGCCACAGCCAUACAAAGAAUAGACGCUAGCUUAAGUAAUUCUGAAGUCUCGUCCGUCAGCAUAGCUGACACAUCUAGAAGUUUACCCGUGGCCUCACUCCCAGUAACACAGCAGAUGACUGAAAUGAGCAUUUCCCGGGAGGACAAAGUUGCAUCGCCGACAGCAGAGUCAGUGGAGCCAGUUGUCACUCAGCCCACAGCCUCAGCCACCCACCCCAGUGCCCCCAGCAGUGAUGAGGCCAAGGCCCCAGAAGUCCCUAAAGUCAAGAAGAACAGGUGUUUCAUGUGCCGAAAGAAGGUUGGGCUGACUGGUUUUGACUGUCGGUGCGGGAACCUUUUCUGUGGAUUGCACCGUUAUUCGGACAAGCACAACUGCCCUUAUGAUUACAAAGCUGAAGCAGCAGCAAAGAUCCGGAAGGAGAACCCUGUUGUUGUUGCUGACAAAAUCCAGAGAAUAUAAAGACUGAAACAUUUGACCUCAACACUGACUUGAUGGGCUAGAGGACUUUUUUAAUCCCAAUCUUGGAAAUUCUACCCAGAGCCGAUGCAUGAACAGUCACUUUUUUCAUUACCACAGUGGUGUCUCGCUUAUAAUGUAAAAAUAUGCAUUUCAAAAUGCAAACUAGCGCAUGUUUUGUUUUCAUUCCCAGAUUUUCCUCAGUACCUUCUUCCCCAAAUUAAAUUGGAUUAGAUUUGUGCCAAAGGAAAACAAGAUACAUUUGCUUUGUGAUGCGUAAAUACCUUGGAAAAGACUGUUAGUACCCAAAACAACAUGGUUGCUUUUGAGUGAACUGAAAUGACAUGGUGGGAUUGGUCUUGGGAGAGGGUGUCAUGAGCUUGUGGGGGGAAGUGGGUGACAUAAUGGAAAAUGUUCCUGUUCUGAUAGUUGGAAAAUGUAUUUAUAGGGUGAGGGGGGUCGUGAAAGCCCGUGGUGAAGAAAUAGGCCUUUCAUGUUCAAUUUUUCAUGAGUGUUGACUCGUGGCUGGUAAUUUAUGCAGCGCGUGUCCAGGUUUUGUCAUAUCUAUUGUUCCUUCUUAUUUUUGUGGCACCUUUUAUUAGCUGUCUGGUUUGUGGCUUUUUUUUUUUUUUUUUUUUAAAUUUAUUUAAGCUUUUUCCCUCCCCAGUAUUGAGCCAUGGUGAGAUGAAAUGCAAGUGCUAGACAGUUUACACCUUUUGUUUGUCAGUCUUUUGACAGCAUUUGAUGUCUACAUGUGGAAUCAGACACCUAGUUAUCCCAAAACAUUAGCCUGAAAGUUAACACCUGCUAUACAAGGACUUCUGCAUUAGUGUUAGAUACAGACUGGGGGAAAACCUGGCUGGUAUAUAACUUCUAGCUGUUGUAUUAGUGAAAACUUCAAAGUGUUACAUUGAAAAUUGUUGAUUUGCAGUAAGGACAGUAGUGGUGGUUUUCUCAGCCUUAUUGUCAUUUUAAUAUUUUUUUUAGGUGCUCUAUUCUGUGCGGUUCUUGGGGGUUUUACCCCCCUAAAAAACAGAUGAUAGAAUAAAGUUGCUUGUGCUCAAAGUGGAUCAUUCUUUUUCAGUUAGAUUAAGAAAUGUUCUUGCUUAAUAUCUGCAUUUGUUUUUAAGUUCAAUUUUUAAAAAGAACCUUUUUUCCCUUUUCCUUUCUGGAGUUUCUUCUGUUGGUAGUUGAAGUCACCCGUUUUCUAAACCCUAGCUAUCUGAAAGCCUCACUAAAUGGAGCCAGCUGUGUACUUUGUCUUGCAGAUAGUUGUCUUGAUGGUGGUUUGAGGCCUGAAAUUAUGCCCACUUUGCCUGCUUUUUUUU